GGUUUCAUUCUAGACUACAGGGCACACAGCCCAGACUCGGAACUGUCCCAGCUGCAUGAGGCGGCGACAUGGGCGCCAGGAGACUCCGGGUCCGAAGCCAGAGGAGCCGGGACAGCUCGGUGCCCACCCAGUGCAAUCAGACCGAGUGCUUCGACCCUCUGGUGAGAAACUGCGUGUCCUGUGAGCUCUUCCACACGCCGGACACUGGACAUACAAGCAGCCUGGAGCCUGGGACAGCUCUGCAGCCUCAGGAGGGCUCCGCGCUGAGACCCGACGUGGCGCUGCUCGUCGGUGCCCCCGCACUCCUGGGACUGAUACUGGCGCUGACCCUGGUGGGUCUAGUGAGUCUGGUGAGCUGGAGGUGGCGUCAACAGCUCAGGACGGCCUCCCCAGACACUUCAGAAGGAGUCCAGCAAGAGUCCCUGGAAAAUGUCUUUGUACCCUCCUCAGAAACCCCUCAUGCCUCAGCUCCUACCUGGCCUCCGCUCAAAGAAGAUGCAGACAGCGCCCUGCCACGCCACAGCGUCCCGGUGCCCGCCACAGAACUGGGCUCCACCGAGCUGGUGACCACCAAGACAGCUGGCCCAGAGCAAUAGCAGCAGUGGAGGCUGGAACCCAGGGAUCUCUACUGGGCUUGUGGACUUCACCCAACAGCUUGGGAAAGAACUUGGCCCUUCAGUGACGGAGUCCUUUGCCUGGGGGGCGAACCCGGCAGAACCAGACACUACAGGCCACAUGAGAUUGCUUUUGUGUUAGCUCUUGACUUGAGAACGUUCCAUUUCUGAGAUGGUUUUUAAGCCUGUGUGCCUUCAGAUGGUUGGAUAGACUUGAGGGUUGCAUAUUUAAUCUCUGUAGUGAGUCGGAGACUGGAAACUUAAUCUCGUUCUAAAAAUUUUGGAUUACUGGGCUGGAGGUAUGGCUCAGCAGUUCGGUUUGUGUGCUGUUCUAGCCGAGGACUCCAGUUGUUCAGCUUCCCGGAACUCAGAUCUGGCAGCUUAAGACCACCUGUCACUCCAGCCCCUGGAACAUCCUUGCCUCCAAAGGCACCAGCACUCAUUUGCUCUAGAGCACACACACACACACACACACACACACACACACACACACACACAUAUGCAUGCAUGCACACUUAAAAAUGUCAAAAUUAGCGGCUGGAGAAAUUCAUGGUCAACAGCGCUUACUGUGAUUCCAGAGGAUGAGAGUUUGAUUCCCAGAAUGCACUGCGGGUGGCUCAUUACUGAGCAUAACUUUUGCUUCAGGGGACCUGAUGCCUCUGGACUUCAUGGGCAUCUGUAUUCACGUGCACAUCCUACACACACACACACACACACACACAGACAUACACACACACACACUCUUUUACAAAUGAUAAAAUAUAAGAUGGGCAUGGUGGUACACACCUUUAAUCCCAACAUUGGGGAAGCAAAGGCAGGCAGGUAACUGAGUUGGAGGCCAUCCUGGUCUACAUAGCAAGUUCCAGGCUAACCAGAGCUAAAUGGUGAGACCAAGUCUCAAAAUAAUACUCCCCCCCCCAAAAAAAAAACUUUUAAAUUUUGAUUUUUUUCUUUUAUUAUUAUUUUUUAUAUUAAUUUCAUGGUGUUUAGAAGUGGUAUACUUAGAUGGUGACUAAGAGGAGGUAAAGCCAUCAGGACUGAGCCCCUAACAUACAAGGAGAAAGCAGAGACAAUGAACACGCCCCUCUCCUGCUGUGUGCCAGCUCUGGACCACCAGCCAGAGGGCAAUCAUCAGAUGUGGGCCCUAGAACCUUCAGAGCCGAAAGCUAAAUCAAUCUCAUUUCUUUGUAAAGCUAUUUAGCCUUAGGUGUUUUGUUACGGUGAUAUAAAAUGGACUAACACAGGCACUAUGAGUAAGAAGCUUUUCUUUGAGCUGGGAAAGGUACUGUUAAACCAAAAUUAAUCUGAAUAAAAAAAGGCUAAGGGGAAGACACUUAC